UGAGUUUUACUAAGCUUCUUAAGUUUAAGAUUUCAUCGUAACCGUAAGUUACGAUGAAUAUCUGUUUUACCAAACUUCUUAACUUUAAGUUACGUCAAAAAUAUCGUCGUAACUUACGACAGCCUAUGGGCUACUCUAAGUUAAGAAUUUUUCGUAUUUUUCUAAAUAAAUGAAUAAAAAUGGCCGCCUGCUUAUUGUUUAUUGAAGUUUUAAGAGAAAACGAAGACAAGGCUUUGCGUCGUGAACGCGUUUUCAGAGACAGGAGUCAAGUUCUAGUUAUGUUGACCGACAGCGAGCUCAUUGGGCGAUAUAGAUUUCCAAGGCGAGUUAUUCUGCAGCUGACAGACGAUGUCAAAGACUUCAUACAGCCACAAACUUUGAGGUCGCAUGCCAUUCCAGCCCACAUCCAGGUUCUAACAUGCUUGCGUUUCCUGGCUAAAGGAGACUACCUCUCAGAAACAACAGACAUUCAUGGGAUCUCCAAAUCAUCUGGAUGUCUGGCUGUUCAUCGAGUGGUCGAUGCUGUCUGCAAAGCUUUGCAGAACAUCGAGUUCCCUACAAGGAGGGAACACAUUUCCCGUACCAAAGCGUCGUUCUACAAGAUUGCUGGGUUCCCAAAUGUGAUUGGUGCCAUCGACGGGACUCAGAUACCCAUACAAGGCAUGGGAACAGAAGAUGAACAUCUGUAUGUCUGCAGAAAGGGUUUUCACUCCAUAAACGUGCAAGCGGUUGUAGACGCAGAUUUAAGGUUCACAAAUGCCGUCUGCAAAUUCCCAGGAGCAACCCAUGAUGCGUUCAUUUUGCAAAACAGCUCCUUGCCAAAUUUGAUUGAAAGCCUUCAGGAUGGAGGUUGGCUGAUAGGCGAUUCGGGUUAUCCCCUUAAAGAGUGGCUGAUGACUCCUAUCAGCAACCCGAGGAGUGGACAAGAAGAGCGGUACAAUUCGGCUCACUGUCGUACUAGAAAUGCUAUUGAAAGGGCAUUUGGUGUGCUUAAAGCACGUUUCAGGUGCUUGCACAAAACUGGAGGAUGCUUGCCUUAUAGACCAGACAAAUGCACGAAAAUAAUUGAAUGUGCUAUGAGGCUACACAACUUGGCCAUAAAUGAGAGGGUGCCUCUCAUGGUAGAAACUGAGGAAGAAGAUGAUGUCCAGCAACCAUUUGCUCCAAAUAUCCCCUACAAUUGUACUGCAGCAAUGCUGAGAGAUAGACUUGUACAAAGAUUUUGAAGAGGAGAUAACGACAAUGACAAUGGUUGAGAAUUUCCUGACUGGUGCAUGGAGUUGCUUAUGGAUUCAACUGCAAUGGUGCUUCUGCGUUGUAGUUCAAGCAUUUCUUCAAGAAUCUUGAUUUUUCUGGAUCUGUAUGU